AUGGCGGAAUUCGUGCGCGCCCAAAUCUUUGGGACUACUUUCGAGAUCACAAGCCGAUACACAGAUCUUCAGCCCGUCGGCAUGGGAGCAUUCGGUCUGGUCUGCUCCGCCAAAGAUCAAUUGACGCAGCAGCCAGUGGCGGUCAAGAAGAUCAUGAAGCCUUUCUCGACGCCCGUCCUCUCUAAGCGCACCUACCGAGAGCUGAAGCUCUUGAAGCACCUCCGACACGAGAACGUUAUCUCCCUGAGCGAUAUCUUCAUUUCGCCUCUUGAGGAUAUCUAUUUCGUGACAGAGCUAUUGGGCACGGAUCUGCAUCGACUGCUGACUUCGCGGCCACUGGAGAAGCAGUUCAUCCAAUACUUCCUGUACCAAAUUCUGCGCGGUCUCAAAUAUGUUCACUCGGCUGGUGUCGUUCACCGAGAUCUCAAGCCCAGCAACAUUCUCGUCAACGAGAAUUGCGACCUCAAGAUCUGCGAUUUUGGCCUCGCACGUAUCCAGGACCCACAGAUGACGGGCUAUGUGUCGACACGGUACUAUCGCGCGCCCGAGAUCAUGCUCACGUGGCAAAAGUACGACAUCGAAGUGGAUAUUUGGUCAGCUGGCUGCAUAUUCGCUGAGAUGCUCGAGGGCAAACCUCUAUUCCCCGGCAAGGACCACGUCAACCAAUUCUCUAUCAUCACAGAGCUAUUGGGCACACCUCCGCAAGAUGUGAUUGAGACCAUCUGCAGCGAGAACACGCUUCGAUUCGUCCAGUCCCUGCCCAAGCGAGAACGGCAACCACUCAGCAGCAAAUUCAAGAAUGCGGACCCUUCUGCGAUCGAUCUGCUCGAACGUAUGCUGGUCUUUGACCCUCGAAAGCGUGUUUCAGCUGGUCAGGGCCUUACACACGAAUAUCUUGCGCCAUAUCACGAUCCUACGGACGAGCCAGUCGCAGAGGAGAAGUUUGAUUGGUCUUUCAACGAUGCUGAUCUGCCCGUGGACACGUGGAAGAUCAUGAUGUAUUCCGAGAUCUUGGAUUACCACAAUGUCGAUCAGUCGCAAGACGAGCUGGCGGGCCAGGGUGGUCUGACUAUCGAACAAGCACAGGCUGCGAACGCUGCACAGAACGGCCAAGAGAUCAGCUCGUGA